CCCGUCUGCCCUGCAGGAUGCCGCAGCUGGGCCUGUCCUGGCUGGGCCUGGGGCCGGUGGCCGCCUCCCCGUGGCUGCUGCUGCUGCUGGUCGGGGCCUCCUGGCUCCUGGCCCGCGUCCUGGCCUGGACCUACGCCUUCUAUGGCACCUGCAGCCGCCUCCGCUGUUUCCCGCAGCCCCCGACGCGGAGCUGGUUCUGGGGUCACCUGGGCCUGGUCAUGAACACUGAGCAGGGGAUGUGGGAAGUGACUCAGCUGGUGGCCACCUAUCCCCAGGGCUUUAUGAAGUGGCUGGGCCCCACCCUCCCCGUCGUCACUUUGUGCCACCCCGACUUCGUCCAAUCUGUCCUCAAUGCCUCAGACACCAUCAGGCCCAAGGACAUGGUCUUCAGCAAGUUCCUGAAGCCCUGGCUGGGGGAGGGGCUCCUGCUGAGCAUUGGUGACAAGUGGAAACACCGCCGUAUCAUGCUGACACCCGCCUUCCAUUUCAAGAUCCUGAAGUCCUAUGUUACAAUUUUCAACAAAAGCGUGAACAUCAUGCAUGUCAAGUGGCAGUGUCUGGCCUCAGAGGGCAGUGUCCAUCUGGACAUGUUUGAGCACAUCAGCCUCAUGACCUUGGACAGUCUGCAGAAAUGCAUCUUCAGCUUCGACAGCAAUUGUCAGGAGAGUCCCAGUCAAUACAUUGCUGCUAUCUUGGAGCUCAGUGCUCUCAUAUUAAAACGGUACAAGAAGAUCUUCUUGCACAUGGACUUCCUGUACUACCUCACUCCCAGUGGGAAGCGCUUCCGCAGGGUCUGCAACCUGGUGUGCAACUUCACGGUUCCCAUUAUCCAGGAACAGCGCCGCACUCUUGCCACCCAGGGUGUUGAUGACUUCCUCAAGAUCAAGACCAAGUCCAAGACUUUGGAUUUCAUUGAUGUGCUCCUGCUGGCCAAGGAUGAAGAUGGGAAGGAGUUGUCAGAUGAGGACGUACGAGCAGAGGCUGAUACCUUCAUGGUUGCAGGCCAUGACACCACGGCCAGUGGCCUCUCCUGGGUCCUGUACAACCUUGCGAAGCACCCAGAAUACCAGGAGCGCUGCCGGCAGGAGGUGCAAGAGCUCCUGAGGGACCGCGAGCCUAAAGAGAUUGAAUGGGAGGACCUGGCCCAGCUGCCCUUCCUCACCAUGUGCAUCAAGGAAAGUCUGCGGCUGUAUCCUCCAUCCCCGACCAUCUCCCGCUACUGUGCCCAGGACGUUGUGCUCCCAGAUGGCCGAGUCAUCCCCAAAGGGAACAUCUGUGCCAUCAGCAUCUUUGGGAUUCAUCACAACCCGUCAGUCUGGUCAGACCCUGAGGUCUAUGACCCCUUCCGCUUCGACCCAGAAAAUUCCCAGGAGAGGUCACCUCUGGCAUUUAUUCCCUUCUCGGUGGGGCCCAGGAACUGCAUUGGGAAGAACUUCGCCAUGACCGAGAUGAAGGUGGCCCUGGCGCUCACGCUGCUGCACUUCCGCGUCCUGCCCGACACCGAGCCGCGCAGGAAGCCAGAAAUUAUCCUGCGAGCCGAGGGCGGCCUCUGGCUGCGGGUGGAGCCGCUAAGAGCGGGCGCGCAGUGA